UGAAACUGUUAAACUUCCCUAUCCUCAUUUGAAUAUGUGCCAAAUAAUUUUGUUUGGACAUUGACCAAUAAUUUGAAGAUAUUUCACCUAGAAAGCAUUAUAUACAUUUAUUUGCUCUAUACAUAACGGAAAAAGUAAUUGAUGUUAUCAUACUAAAAAGAUGGCAUCUAAACUUAAGGAUUAUAUUGUUUACUACAAAAAGAAAUUGGAACGAAAUACGGAUGAAGAUAUAAUUCUAAAUUCAAUUCAUAAACUUGCAAAGAUCCAUAUGACAUGUGAACUGCUCCAAGAAACUGGCGUUGGUAAAGCGAUUCGAAACUGCUCCAAGAAAUCAGGAAAAAUUGGUGAUAAAGCAAGAAUUUUAUAUCAAAAAUGGAAAAGUAUCAUUGCUGAAAGCCUACGGACCUCUACGAAAGUACCAGCUGUGAAAUCUGAUAAUAAAAAAGAUCAUUCUAGCAAAGACAGAACUAAAAUACAUUAUAAAGCAUCUGGACUAGAAGUUGACUCGUUUGGCUGUGAUAGCUCUAAAAAAACUUCUAAUAAUUUUGUUUCAGUAAAUGAUAACAGUUCUCACUUAAACGAGAAAUAUGUUAUAGAUCUGAGUGAGGAUUCAUCACAUGAAGAAUCUGAUGGCGUUUCUAAAUGUAUUGAUAACCAUCCUCUGUAUAGCAUCAGUUUAGAUAAUAGUACCAACCACCCUGAACUAAGUGCUGGAAGCCAAAGUAAUUCUUCAAAGAAGGGAUACAUGGAAAAAUUGAAACACACUGUCCAUAGCCAAAAAUCUAUUUCUCACACUUCAUCAAAUAAAUAUAAAUCAGAAUAUAUUUCUGAAAAAUCAAGCUGUGAUACUUCCAAAUCCAAGAAAAUAAAAACUGACGACAUGCAAUUGACUACUCAAGAGUGCAAGUCAUAUAAAAUUGGUGAUUCUAAAACUUUCAGAACAACAAAGGACAUGGAUCAAGAUAAAAUCCUUAGACUAUCUUCCAAGCCAUGCAAGUUAAAAAGAACUAAGGAAGAAAAUAAACAGGAGUUCAAAUCUGAAAAAAGUAAGAAUUCUGUUGAUUCAAAGAAAAAAACAUCCAAGUCUAAACAUAUUAGUUCAAACAUUUCAGCAAAUAAGCUUUAUGAUGAAGACAAAUCAAAAUUAAAGUUGAACCUUAAAGUAACGGAAGAAUUUACAUCAUCUGAAGUCAGCUUUGAAGAUUGUUUGGGCUUUAAUGAUAUGAUAUCCAUUCCAAAGAAAAAGACUUGUUCAAAGUCUAUGAAAAAGAAAAAGUUUGAUGUUGGACAUAAAAUCAAUUACAGCAGCUCUCUAGUCAGUUUUGAAGAUUGUUUAGGAUUAAAUGACAUCAUUUCUGCUCCAAAGAAAAAGAUUUGUUCUAAAUCCAGGAAAAAGAAAGAGUUUGUUGAUGAAUCUGAAAUGAAUUGUGAUGACUCUCGAGUAGCAAAUAAAAACCCACGGAUGAUCGAGACAGUUCCUGUAGUUGUUGAUAUUGCUAAUACACCAAACUAUCGAUCAUUUGUGCAUAAAAGCCCAGAAUUUCCCGUGGAGAAAAAGAAAGUUUUAACUAAUGAAGAUGCUAUUAGAUUUAUCUCGUCAAAGAAAGAGAAAACUGCUGUAUACUCUGGAAGAAGACACAGUAACAUAACAAAAGUGCCAACAUUAUUCAAUGCUUGUCUUGAAGUACUCGCCAAUAAUAUUGAUGCAAUUGAAUGUUUCGGGGGGACCCCGUACUUUUUGGUUAAACCUCUGUUGGAGCGUUGCACUCCUGCUCAACUUUUAAACAUUGAAAAUUUUAAUCCACAUUUUCUUGAUGAAACUCAAGACUUAUGGGAGAUGCACUGCAAUAGAGAUUUUCGAAAUAUGAAGCCAGAUGAAAGUGAAACAUGGAGAGAUAUGUAUUUGCGUGCAAUAGACGAAAGAGAAAAGCGAUUGAAAAGUAUUACUGCAAAUAUAUCUGCUUCAAUGUCAAAAUCUGCUCCUUCGGUACGUAAAGCCAAGCUUGCAUACAUGGAUUCAGCGGUAAAACCUCCUAGAGAUGUUGCUCGUAGGCAAGCCAGGCAUGGUACUGCUUUACCAGUGAAAAAACUGGUAAAAGUAAGUCCUCCAUCCAAGUUCGCUCCAAGGCUUACUGAUCCAGCUAUAAAUGUUGGUACGUCUACUAGCACUGCUCCAGCUAUAAAUGCUGGUGCGUCUACUAGCACUGCUCCAACUGUAAAUACUGAUGCUUCUACUAUUGAAGUUAUAACUUUAAAAAAAUCUAAAGUUGCUCCUUUGAUGGCAAAGACAUUAAAAACUUUAAAGCAAUGUUUCAGACGCUAGUAAAUUUCAAUUUGCACAAAAGACUUUCAUUCUUUAUAAGUGCAUAGAAAAUAAACAUUAUACAAUUUGUUCCAGAUAUUUUUAAAGAAUAAUGCUUCAAAAAAAAAAAAAAAAAAAAACUGAUAACUUAUAAAAAUGUUAUACAAAAGUGAAACUGCUUGAUUAUUUUGACUAGGAAAUAUGCGCUUCUGUUGGAAAAAGAAGGGAAAAUAAAGACUGAUAAAAUUGAUAAGUUAAAAGUAUUUUGAUUGGUGUUUGUACUCUUUAGUAUUAAAAUUAAUGUGAUUUUUACCCAGUACUUCAUUAUGCAUGGGGCUGAAAAAAAUUUCUUGAAGUACUUUUAUCUGCAUUGUGUUUAAAUUUUUAAUUAUGACUAUUAUACAUUGACAAAUGUUUUAAAAUAUUAUUUCUAGCUCACUAAGCAGGGAUUGAAAUUAAAAGUGGUUCACAGGUCCGUAACCACAAAAACACCCAUCAAACCAACAGAAUAUAGAUUUUAUUGGUCCGUUCCAACCUUCGUUCCAAAAAUUUUAAAUAGUAAUUUUUUUUAACUGUUAACUUUUGAGAAAAUGUUUCAACCUUUAUUUAAAGAUACAUUAAUGCAUUUCUACACAUCGUUUCUGCCAUCCUAUUGCCUUCAUCCCCAAACUACAGAAAUAAGACUAUUCACUGAAUUCCUUUUAACUAGUAUUGGUGAAUGGAAAAAUGCCCAUUUCCUUCUCUUAGAUAUAGCUUAAACAUGUCUGAAAAUUGACUCAUUUUGUCAUAAAUAUGACAAACAAUUAAUAUCAAUUUUCUUUUACAUCCCCCCCCUUUCCCCCUUCAAUUUGCCAUUACAGUAGAAGACUGUUAUAACGCACACCUUUGGGACCAGAGUUUUAUCUAUAGGGUGAGUAUUAAAGCACUAAUUAUACAAUUAGUCAUUCACAAAUAAAUAUGCUUCAGAAUUAAAAGAAAUUGAGUUAUCCUGCAGUUCUGUGACUUCAAAGCUUUCAUAACAGCUGCAUUUUCAAGAACCAUAUCUGAUAUUUCCUUUUUACUGUGAAUAUUAAUUUUUAUUUAAAAGCUUUGAAUUAAGGUGGAAAGAUGAAACACUGUUUCAAAAUUUAAUUUGCUGAACAGUUUUAUAUUUGCAAGGCAAAACAAAGGAAUUUUCUAAACUUCAAAACCUAUUGUUUACUUUUGAAAGGUUGUGCCAUUUAUAGAGAAUAGUGUUAUAUAGAUCAGCGUUAUAAAGGUAUUCUACUGUAUUUAAAACCAGAAUGCAAGAUUAGACCACUACUGAACGUGCUUACAGUAAAACCUGACUACAACAAUACUGUUGGGACCAAAAAAAAAUAUCGUAAUAAAUAAUGUUAUCAUUAUAUUGUUUCAUUAUUCAUGCUGACAUUUUUGUAGGGCCAAAAAACAAUAUUGUUAUAGACAGGUUAUCGUUAUAGACGGGUUUCACUGUACGCAUCAGUGACAUUUUGUGCUUACCGAACCACUGGACCAGUGACUAAUUUUUAUAAAUUUCUACCCCUGCUCAGUAUGAUACACAUGCUGUAUUAAAACUACAAAUGGCUUAAAAAGAACUAUUAAAUGCAAUGUUUUGACAUACUCUAUGUUUGAAAAUAAUUGAAUUUUGAAUUAUCAUUUCCAUUUUGAUAACUCUGAGUAAUUGUCUUGUCUUGACUUCAAACAACGUAUUUAUCAUUAAUUAAAUGCCUAGUGUGUGUAAACGUGAUAAAAAAUCAAUUAAGUUUUAACAUUUUAUGCAUGCAAAAAUCUUUUUUCUAUGAUAUAAUAGGAGAAUAAUUAUGAAACUCUCUUUAAAAAUAACUCUCUUUUUCUCUUCAUGAAUCUUAUCAACUCUUAAAACAUUAUAAAGCAUACAUUUUCUAAAGUGACUUUUUCAUGCGUGAAUAUUUUGUGCAUGCUGCCAGUAGUUUUGUCAAACAUGUUAAUAUUUAUGCAAAUAAAUAUUUAUUUAUCAGCUGAUUUAAAUUUUAUUUCGUAUUUUUCAUGCAAUAAAAAAGU